GUCGCGCAGGAAGGAGCGCGAGACCGAACGGGAACUACCCUGCAGCAACAAAUACUAAUCUGAACCUAUUUACGUACAUAAGCGGGGGCGAUCCGAUUGACCCAGGUUUAACGCGUCAGAGGAGCGAAAAGCCACGGAUCAUCGAGGUUGGGAGUGGCGACUAAGGGCGCCAUGGAAGUGUCCAGCCACAGCUUGUUCCUUCUGCAACAGCUGAACAUCCAGAGGGAGUUCGGCUUCCUGUGCGACUGCACCGUCGCCAUCGGCAACGUCUAUUUCAAAGCCCACCGUGCUGUCUUGGCUGCCUUUUCCAACUACUUCAAAAUGAUUUUCAUCCACCAGUCCAGCGAAUGCAUCAAGAUCCAGCCCACUGACAUCCAGCCGGACGUGUUCAGCUACCUGCUGCACAUCAUGUACACAGGCACCGGGCCCAAGCAGCAGGUGGAGCCCAGCCGGCUGCAGGAGGGCAUCAAGUUCCUGCACGCCUACCAGCUGCGCCGUAACCCCAGCGAUGGGGGCCAGGACGCUGCUGCCCAAGACGCCCUCAAAAUGUCGAACCUUUACGGCAUCCAGAUCUCGUCCCAGUCGGCCGCCAAGGAGGGCCCGGGGCCGAAGGGGGCCCCGGGGCGGGGCCCCGGCGGGGGGCGGAGCACGGGCCGGUCCGAGCGCUCCCGGGCCCAGCCGGCCCCGUCCGCGGGCCCCGGGGGGGCGUCGUCCGACGGGUGCGGCGGGGCGGAGCUCCGCAGGGUGUCCUCGGUGGCCUGCGGGGAGGACCCCGUCGCCGCGGUGACGGUGAAGCAGGAGCAGGUGGAGAUGGAGGUGUCGGCGGAGGAGGAGGAGGAGGCGGGGUCGGGGUCAGGGGGUGCGGGAGCGACCCGCUCCCCGGGCCUGAAGAGCCCCAGCCCGAGCUCGCGGGACAGCUGCGAGGCCCGGCAGGGGCCGCGCGGGCACUUCUUCGCCCGCGCCACCGGCUGCCCCCCCCUCGGCGCCCCCGGGGGCGUCGCCGGGGACGGCGGCAGCCCCGGGGAGGCGUCCAAGGGGGCGGGCGAGGAGCUGGAGGAGCUGGAGGGCUCGGGGGAGCGCCUCCUGGGCGGGAGGAGCCCCGGCUCGCGGGAGUCGGAGUCGGGGUCCGGCGGCGGCAGCCUGGAGGAGGCGCUGCGGCAGAGCCGGGCCCUGGCCGAGGAGCUGGCGGCCGAGCUGAGGGGAGGCGGCGGCGCUGGCGGCGGCGGCAGCCCCCGCUCACGCAAGCGCAGGAUCGUCUGCGCGGUCUGCGGCCUCCGGUUCGCCCAUAAGAGCCAGCUGCAGGAGCACAUGUACAGCCACACGGGCCGAGGCUCCCGCUACCACCGCUACAGCCGGCUCUGCAGCCAGCUCAUACAGGCCUCCCAGCACUUCUGCGAGAGCCAGGCCGAGCUGGCCGCAGAGGAGUCCCCCAGGGACGUCCCGGACAAUGGCAGCUCCUGCUACUCCCUGGACUCCGAGGUCUCCCAGGAAAGCAUUGACACUUUCGUUGUGGAGUAGGGGGAAACAAAACGGAAAGAGAGAAAAUAAAAAUUAAACGGCUUCCCCUCCUGGGAUCGUCCUCGGUAGUUGCCGUCCAUGUUUCUCUUUCGUUGUCUGUAGCCUUUACAUCUUGUCAUGUGACACUAUUCACACCCGUCCCUGCCCUGGUCUGCUAUUGUCAAAGCUCUUGGCAACGUCAGCAUUUUUCUUUUCUUUUUUUCUCAUCACCUGAGGGUCUGAGAUACAACAGCAGUGGGCUACAGUACAACUGUAAUCUCAUCUGACUGAAGAGCAGCUAAUAUUUAUUGAAAAUACAUAUUUAUGUUUGGGUACACUGUGUUUACGUUAUAGGCAAGAAAAUCUGUCUCUGGCCUUUGAAAAGGGAAUUAUUGUAACAAACAAGUAAAAUGAGACCGGUAAGAAAUUAGAGGUAUGUGAGUGGACAGCUCACUUCAAAGAUUUGUGAAGAAAACACACUAACAUGAAAGUCAUGGACAUGUCCCAACACACUUAGUCAUUUAUUUGAUAUUUAUAUGCAGGCAUCGCAGUUUUACAACAGUACUUUACAGUUUGCCUUAGUAACCUCCUUUUUGGGCACCCACAAAUAAAUAAAUAGCCGUUUUUAAAUCUUUAAAAUGUUCGCCAUUAAGAGAAAGUAUAUUCUCAAAUUUCAAACUGGUAAAGGGGUUUACUGACAAAUACACAUACUGUGGACCUUAUCUAUCACAUCCAUUGCUCUAUUUUUGAUCGCUGUUUAGCAUACUUUCCUGGUGACUCAUGAAUGGGUUUCAUGGUACUUCUAAAUGAUAUACCAUUCUCCGAAGGGAGCUCUGUUCAGCUAUAUAUGUGUGCCGUGGUUACUGGAUGAAUUGUAGUUGCUGCAUUUAAAAUAGUCACACUGGAAUGGUUGUACUGUAAAGUACAUACAAGUGAAUUGAGAACCUCAUAUUUAGAUUUUAGCAACCACAUUUUUGUUCCCACGUAGCACUUAUUUGAGCCUGCAUUGAAGUGAACUGAUCCAGAAAAUGCAGUUUGUCAAUUUAGACAAUUGGGAUUGGGCAAGGAAAAAGACUUGCCUACAAUUUGCUUCAUUGUCUUUGUGAGUGUGUGUUAAUGGUGUGGUCAUUUUUGCUGUGGUAGUUUCAGUUCACUGUUCUGCAAUACCUAUUGCAAUUUGUCAGUAACAUCUGUUAGAAUACAUUAGGAUGUCCAAGUAUUUAUUAAUAAGAAACACUAAUGUAUGUUAAUGUUUUGAACAUUACAAAAAAAACUUUUGCAAAUAAAAUUUCAUUUUUUAGAAA